GGGAUGACGCGUCUGAGUCAAUCCAAGCAAAAGGCGCACAUUGGCACUGCUUGGCCAGUUUUCCUCUCCCCGGGUUUUUUCUUCGCACUGGCAGCGAGAACUGAAAAUCCUCAAUCGUUUGCAGCGUCGCCGAGACUAGCAAAUAUACUUGCUUCCGAAUAAUGCGCAACAUCUAUCCCACUAUCCCAUUGACUAAUAGGAAACUUAAUGUGCCAUCCUCGCAAUUCUUCCAGCACCGUUGCUACUAGCUACAAUCAGAAGGUGUUAAUCGUGUACGGGUGGUUUAGCUGGCUAGUGCAUAUAUGCGCGCUAGCUGUUCCCUGGACAUUAGCUCAAUGCUGGCUAUGCUCGCAGUUUCCGUCCACAUUGAUCCUCGAUCCUCACCUCGAUGUGUACACUCAAAAUUCGGCCAAGCCAGAGGAACGAUGCGGUGAUGAUCCGACCGAGUGGAUUUCAUGAACUACUCUUCAUAGCUGUGCCGGUGCCUGCCUAGGGGUGGAGUAGCAUAGAGAGGGAAGCUCUCCUGUUCCUGGCCCCUUUACCCCUUUAGUCACUUCUGUUCUGUCGAUCAUGAGUACUAUGUUCUAUUUCUACUGAUAACUAGGGAUGAUAUAAUGUACAGCGUGUUCUCAUUCUGUC